UUACAGAUUCUCCCAAAAGUUCAGACAACCUCUUUGUCUAUUAAGAAAAGGUACAUAAAUGAGAGCAUCGCCACUAAGUUUAUGGAGACCAUUGCUGUGCCUCAAACUGUGAAUGCUGAGACAGUUGAUGAAAUUUUGGAUAAUUUCACCUGGAAAAUCUCAAAUGUCAUGAAUGCUGUCGCUCCUAUUAAAACUAAGACAAUCUUGAGGCGACCUAGAACACCGUGGAGGAGCACAAUGAUGGAACUGGCGAGCCCACACAAGCCAACGUCAUGCGAAAGGCAGACCGCACGCCGGACUGGUGGCCGGCCAAUCACAGGCCACAUAAAGAGACUUGACAAGCAUCCGCACGCAAACUCAUGCUGCCUGCACAGACGUCAGUUCGGGAACAAAAUGCCCCGCUCGUUUUUGGUGAAGCAGCCCAAGGUUCAUGAUUCCCUGCCUUCCAACUACUAUCACCACAGUCAGCAUGACUGGGAUGAUUCCUGCUCUGUGACACGUGCCAUCACAGAGUCAGCCACCAACUUGGCUGUACAUCUGAGUGAAAACGGCUACAUUCGGGAUUACGUAAUGUUGCAAAACACCGAGAUGUCCAAGGCGGCCUCUGGGGCGUCGUACUCCCAACGAUGCGUCGGUGGCAGCACCGGGGACGAAUUCUCCGACCGUGACACGGACGAUCCGGAUAGCCCGGUCGAGUCAGAACCGGUAGCGAGCGCCGUCGACGCGUUCCUCGUUUCCGACGGACGCUCCGGCCGGAAGUGUCCGUCGGACGGCGGCGAGAGUCGAAGGUCAGCGGAGCGCGGUUCAAAACGUAAAAGCAAAGGUGGCCACGUAUGCGGUGAGUGUGGCAAAUGUUACGCGACCUCCUCUAAUCUGAGCAGACACAAGCAGACUCACCGUAGCCCGGACAGCCGGCAGGCCAGGAAGUGUCCCACCUGCCGCAAGCUGUACGUGUCCAUGCCCGCGCUGUCCAUGCACAUGCUGACCCACGACUUGAAGCACGGAUGCACGCUGUGCGGUAAAGCUUUCAGCCGGCCCUGGCUCCUGCAGGGCCACAUGAGGUCCCACACUGGCGAGAAACCAUUCGCCUGCGCCCACUGCGGUAAAGCCUUCGCCGACCGCUCAAACCUCCGCGCCCACAUGCAGACGCACUCCGCUUUCAAGCGCUACGCGUGUAAACGCUGCCGCAAAAGCUUCGCGCUCAAGUCUUAUUUGAACAAGCACUACGAGUCGGCGUGCUUCAGAGGGCGCCGAGCAGAGGACGGCUGCGGCUCGGACUGACUGACUGACAAGGGAACCGUUCCUGCCAAGAGGAAUACUGCUGGCUCAUCGCACGCACGCACGCACGCACGCAUACGUAAUCCCGCCUCUUGAUUCAUGCGGCAACAUUUGAAUGAUGAUUCCAACUCUUCAGGAAUUCUGUGCCAAGGGUUAUUUGAAUUCUAAUUGAAUCCAUAAUGGCAAAGACACUUGUGGAAAAAAAAAAAAUUCUAAUUUAGCAAUUUCUUUGGUUUUACAUGGGUCGAUGUCUCUGGAUGAUUUUAAACUUUAGGCAUUCAUAGCAAAGGGGAUCCUUAUUGAAAUGCUGGUGGCUCACCGAAUGAAGGGGACAUGAGUGCAUCACGGUAAAGACAUCCAAAUUGUGCGAUUACACAAUUCAAACUCUCCGAUGAUCCCAACUACUCACGAAACCCGUUGCACUCUCGUCUUUAUACUUUGGUGAACACAUGCAACAGUUCUGACACUUUCACAUAUUCGUUCAUAUCUCCGAAAUGGCACCAUUUGUUUUGCUGUCCGCUAUUGUGCGAAUACAAAAUGGCUGCCUCAUCCUGUCUCUCCAGUGGCGUUAAACGCUAAAGACAGCACGAGUGACAAACACUGACCGUUUGGAAAAGAACCACCGAACAGAGGAUGUUUUCGUGGGAAAGGCAUAUGAAGUAAUAAUCCCCAAAUGUAAGGAGCAUCUUCAGAAAACCGUGCAAAUCAUUCAACUUCAUGUCGGACACCAAAUGCUGGAGACAUUUGGGCAUUCAAAGAUGGAAAAAUGCUACUUUUUUUCUUUCGAACCAAUUACCUUUUGAUGGAUAACAACUGCCAAUAAUUCAAAUACUCAUAUCAGUAAAAUGAAAUGAUUUUCAAUAGGAAAUUUGGUGGGCCACGUCUUCACCAUGAUUGAUCAAAUCAUAUAAAAAUGAUUCACAAUUUUUUUUUUCCAUAAAUUUGAUUUCAAUUCAUUCAUUCCAUUUACAUUCAUUUUUUUUUUUUUCAUCAACAUUUUUAAAUUGAAUAAUGGUUUAUUUUUUUUGUAUGCAUUAAUUUGGUGCGGCACCGACCCUUGUGAGGCGGGGAGGAGGGGGGGGGGGGUCUGCAUUCCAGGCUCCAGCCUUCCUGCGCUUGUGUGGGGUUUCUCCGGGUACUCCGGCAUCCUCCCACAUUCCAAAAAUAUGCUUCUUAAAUUAGGUGAGGACUAAAUUGCCCUUAGGUGUGAAUGAUUUCUUUUUUAUUUUUGCUGUACUGGAGUCGCUAGGCUGAUUUUAGAGGGGCUAAAGCCUCGACCCCCCCCUCCCACCCUAUUGACAAAAUCAUUUUCAGGGCUGGGACACCCGAAUCCACUGAAAGUAGCGACGCCCCUGGUAUACCGUAGCGAAUGUGCUCUUUCCCUGCGAUUGGCUGCUGCAACCCUAGCGAGGAUGAGCAGCAUACAAAUUGGACGGAUGGAUUCAUUUAUUCAACUAUUUCUUGGUAUUUAUUCUUAUUUAUUGUGGGACCGAAUGAACUGGAGAAAAGAUAUUCUGCCGUAUUAUAUUUAUUCUCGCUCAUCAGCUUGGUGAAAACA